AUGUCAUCUGCUCCAUUGCUACAGAGUGCGCCUGGCAAGAGAAUAGCGCUUCCCACGAGGGUCGAGCCCAAGGUGUUCUUCGCCAACGAAAGAACGUUUCUGUCAUGGUUGAACUUCACCGUGAUCCUGGGUUCGCUGGCAAUUGGACUUUUGAACUUUGGUGAUAAAGUUGGACGGAUUUCAGCUGCACUCUUUACAUUGAUCGCCAUGGGCACUAUGCUGUAUGCCUUGACCACGUACCAUUGGAGGGCAAAUGCUAUCAGGAGACGGGGGUCCGGGCCUUACGAUGACAGAUUUGGUCCUACAAUGUUAUGUUUCUUCCUGUUAAUUGCUGUGAUUGUGAACUUCACGUUGAGGAUCAGGGCCUGA